AAGGAAAGGUGUUGUAAAGAAAUGUGCUGUAAAGAAAGGUGUUGUAAGGAAAGGAAACGAUGUAAAGAAAGGUGUUGUAAGGAGACGUGUUGUAAGGAGACGUGUUGUAAGGAGACGUGUUGUAAGGAGACGUGUUGUAAGGAGACGUGUUGUAAGGAGACGUGUUGUAAGGAGACGUGUUGUAAGGAGACGUGUUGUAAGGAGACGUGUUGUAAAGGGCUAGGUUGUGAAGGCACGUGUUGUGAAGGCACGUGUUGUGAAGGCACGUGUUGUAACUAG